GCCCCCACCAGAGCAGAGGCCGCCACGCGCUCUCGUCCCUUCUCAACCCCUCCUUCUCCUCCGCUCCCCCCGCGCGGCGCGGAAGAGAGACCAAAGGGGACGGCAGCCAGGAAGGAAGAGGAGGCUUCGAGAUUUUUGCGGAACCCCCACGCCACCCCCCUCUGCACACCACCACAACCUUCUCCUCAUAGCCUGCCUCUCGCGUAGGGUUUGCGCGCGCCACCGUCUCCACUCCAAUCCCAGCACCACCCGUCCUACCGCCGCCGCAUUCGGAGCUCUGCAUCUGCCUGCAGCCCGAUUCGCCAAUCGCCACCGAGCCUCGAGAAGCCUCGCCGUACCGGUUUGGGGAUUUCUGGUUUCCCUUUCUCACUGUUACUGUUGCUGGGAUCUGAGGAGUGUUUGUAUUGGUGCUAAUUGUUUCUGCCGAUUUGGGCGUGAUUAUCCAGGCUGAGUGGUAUUGGUGAUGUCGGCUGAUUAGAUUUGGGGGUGUAUUGGUAGAGGGGAUUCGUUUUUUUUAGGAGGGGGACGUCUGGACGUCUACCUUCUCUGCUAUUGGAUUGGGCUCCGUGAUCGAGACUGCUCCGUGAAGUUUUUGGUCCUAGGGAUUGUGUUUUUUUGAUCGGCCCGGACCAGGAAUAGAGGGUUCUUCUCUUGAGAAGAUCUAGGGCCGCGUGUUCUAUCGUCGUCUGUAGAUAAAAUCAAAAGAAAAAAGAAAAAAAGAAAAUAGAGAGGGAGAAAAAAAAGAGAGAGCGAGAGAUAUAGAGAGGUAGUGGAAGGGAGGUUGGAGGUUAUGGCGCUGAAUUACUCGUCACGCUCGCUCCUGGUGACCGAUGAAUGUGCCAACAUGAUGCUUGGUUGUGGGUGCUGGUCGGAUGAGGCCUCUCCUGUAUCAUCCUCCGGGGUGAAUUCACUGUGGUGGAAUGAGCCUGAGAUGGAGAUGAAGGAGGCGGAUCCUGUGGAUCUCUUACCCACGGACCCCUUUGGGAUGAACCUGGAAACUACGUUCACAGCUGCGAUCGCCAGUUGCAUCGGGGACCUCACGUUCAUGUCUGGUGCUGGGCAUUUUGGAAGCGGUGAUGACGAUGAUUUCUCUGAUGACCUGAGUUAUUACUUGAACCAGGCUUUUAUGCUCACUCCGGAGCCAUGGAGUGGUGCCUAUACUGGUGGUUUUGAGGAUUCUUUUGUGUGUGGAGGCCUCUCAGGUGCUGGAGGCAUGGAACAGUUUUCACGGUUGCCUCCUAGUAUGUCCUACUCUAUUGGGGUCAUGGAGGACCCAUAUAGCUCUUGUCACCCAGCUUUGUCAUGCUGUGAUAAUAUGGUUGAGGAGGACCCAUCUAGCUCUUGUAACCCAGCUUUGGCAUGCUGGGAUAUGGUUGAUGUUGCUCCUGUCCAGGAGGGAAAUGAUGCACAUGAAGCGAUGGUGUUUGUUCUGAGCUAUCUUGGCUUACGUGACAUCCUCUCUGUUGAGAUGGUGUGCAAGUCAUUGCAUUCAGCUGUCCGGAACGAACCCUUUUUAUGGAAGUGCAUCCAUAUUGACUCGCGCUUGGGGAAGAAGAUGUCUGAUGCUGAUCUUCUGUGCCUGACACAGAAGUCCCCAGGUUCUAUGCAGUGCCUGAGUCUUAUGCACUGUAACAACAUCACAGAUCAGGGAUUGAAAGCUGUUUUAAAGAGUAAUCUACAGUUAACAAAGUUGGGCAUUUUUGGUGCUUUCCGGAUUACUUAUCAAGGUCUUAUUGACAGUCUGAGGUCAUUUAAUAUGGAAACAGAUAUUGGUAUAAAGAAACUCAGAGUUACAAAUCACGUCACUGCAUCAGAAGCGCAAUAUGAAGAGUUGUUGUCCUUGAUGAAAAUAGACAAGAAGAUGGCAUUACACAAACAGGAGCCUCGGAUCUUUCAUUCUGGUCGUCUUUUACUAGAUCUUUAUGGUGGAUAUGUUCCCGAUUCUUUCGUACCAGAGCUUCAUGAUGAAUUUGCUCUUGAUAUUGAGAAGUGCCCUCUUUGUCCAAACUACAAACUUGUUUAUGAUUGCCCAUCAAAGGAGUGCAAGAACAGCAGACAUAGUACUUGCAGAGGGUGUAUUGUUUGCAUCUGGAGAUGUUUGCUAUGUGGGAGAUGUAUAGACAUUGCCAAUGUGUUCCAAGAGUCGUUUUGUUUGGGGAAACUUUGCCGUGACUGUGUCAAAUAUGAAGACUUGCUCCCCACAGAAAAGUAGAUGUUCGAAUCUGUUAUCUUCAUUGGAUGGAUACAGUUUUAACUUUUAACAUAACAUUUCUUCUGUUGAUUGAUGCUCCCAUCCAUCAGUAUCUUGACUGAGUAUUUCUAACAAGGAAAAGAAAAAAAAGAGGUAUACCAAUUUGCUAUCGGUGUAGUUGCAAUGACUGAAAUUGUUUUUGCUUACAAGAAAAAGAAAAAAAACGGUAUAACCAGAAGACGAUCAUGGUUUCCCUAUCAAGGUGUCAGCCGACAACUAACAAUUGCGGUAUGUUUCCUUUUGGAAUAAUCAAGUGCUCUGCUCCGGAGUUUGGACAACAGUACAAACAUUCUCCCAGCAGGCUGCUUGAUGCUGCAUCUUCCUGGAACAUCAGAAGUUAUUGAUUUCAUUUGCCCUCAAAAUAUCAGAUGUAUCUAUCUGUCCAAUGUUACCUAUCUAGCUGUGUGGCUGUGUGCUAUGUUACUUGACAAUUGACAAGUUAUUGGAAUAAAUAAAGACAAACUUCUAACUUAA